CUCUAGAAGAAGGUGAGUCACAGCAUCUGCUCCAUAUAAGCAAAGCUUCCUUCAAAAGAAAAGCACAAAACCUAAUCACAGUCAAAAUUUCACAAUCAUGGCGCUGGAAUGGGUCGUGCUAGGCUACACCGCAGGAGCAGAAGCAAUCAUGGUCCUCCUCUUAACACUCCCCGGCUUAGCCGUACUCCGUAAAGGAUUAGUCUCCGUCACGCGCAACCUCCUCAAACCGUUUUUAUCGGUGGUGCCGUUCUGUCUGUUCCUUCUGAUGGACAUUUACUGGAAAUACGAGAACCGGCCGAGCUGCGAAGGCGAGUCGUGCACGCCGUCGGAGCAUCUGAGGCACCAGAAGUCCAUAAUGAAGAGUCAGAGGAACGCGCUUCUGAUCGCGGCGGCGCUUGUGUUUUACUGGCUGCUGUAUUCUGUUACUCACCUUGUGGUUAAGAUUGAGCAGUUGAAUCAGAGAAUCGAGAGGCUUAAGAAUAAAGAAGAUUGAAAUUGAUUUUAGGUUAUAUUUUGUUCUAUGAUGUUGUGUUUGAGAUGUUAAUGAAUUUCAAUUUCUUGGAAAAUGGAACUAAAACUUAUUUUUUGUUAAUGUGAAAUCAUUUUGAUA